AUGGAACAAACUAAAGAGAAUUACGUUUAAUAUUUAGCAUUGUCAUUUGGAGGAUAAUAAAAAUAUACCGGAAAAUAAUUGAAAACAGUACAUACUCCAUACCAUAUACAUGAUAAAUUAUUUUCUUAUUGUAUUUUAUAAAUUUAAUAAGCAUUUAAAGAUAAUGGAACAGAUGUAAGUUCUGCGAAUGAAAUCGGAAGACUUUUAGAAUGUUUAAGAAGUGAAAUACCGAAAAAGAAUAAUACACUUUUUGAUAGGUUGGGAGGAAAUGCUGUUUUCUAAAAUUCUAUGAACAUGCUAUAUAAUUAAAAAAUUCCAGAAAAUGAAAAAAUAAAAGAUUUUUUUAAAAGUGUUAAUAGGUAGUAAUUGGCUUAAAAAAUGUGCGAUUUCUAUACUAUGAUUACUGGAGGACCUUAUUAAUAUAAUGGAAAAAAUGUAAAGGACGCACAUUAAAAAUUUUAUAUAACAUAUCUCUAAUUUGAAGUUUAUAAAAACUUAUUAAAAGAAUGCUUGGAGGCUGAAUGUAAAAAUAAAUAAGCUAUUUUGGAAUUCAUUAAUUUGUUAGAAACUAUUAAAAUAGAAGUAAUGGGAGGAAAAUCACCUUCUUUAUUCGAAAAAAUGGGUGGAGAAGAAUAGUUGAAUAUAUUUACAGAAACAUUCUUUACAAGGGUUAUGGCUGAAAAAAAAAUUAAACAUUAUUUUAUUAAUGUUGAUCUUAAAAAAUUGAAAAUUCAUUUUAAAGAAUUUCUUGGGAUGGGGAUGGGUGGACAUGGAAAAAAAUAUAAUGGUGAAAAUGUGAGAGAUUUUCAUUAAAAAAUGGAUUUUAGUAAUAAAGAUUUCGAUAAUUUUAAAGAAUUAAUUGUUUUAACGGUUUAAGAUCUUAACUAUAAGCCAGAAAUAUAAUCUGAUAUAAUUAACUUUUUCGAAUCUAUGAGAUUGAUGAUUGUUUCAGAAUGA